AUGAUUGAGGAACCUAUCGAGUCGUUUGAAAAAGAAGACGGACCUGAUACAGUCGAUGGUCAAACCAAAAGGAGUUAUUAUUCAAUAAGAUCGGACACCAGCAAGAGAAAGCGCGAGAAGCGCACCCUCCUUGCUGGCGAAACCGACAUGGACUUGGAAUUCAUGGAAUUGGAGAUCAGAAAAUACUGCCCGAAAAAGAUCUUUGACAUCAUAGUGAUCAACGAAGUGGACGGGCCGUCGCAGGAACAGAUGCUCAAGACCAUCGACUCAGCUAGGAGGUACGAGGACUGCAACUUCAGCGUCACCUUCAUAAAAUACACCGAGGUCAUGGGCAUUUUAGAACAUUUAGAUACCACCAUUUUCCCGGAGAGCAUACGGAAGAUGGUGGAGCAGAUUUUGGAUGAUUUGAGAGCGUAUCUUGUUGCUAAAAAAGCAGAUAAAAUUCCGUUUCUUAAAAUGGCUAUAAUGAUGAAAAUCAAAUUGAUGGAAGUUAUGAUUCACCAUUACCAGAGGGAAUUAGAUAAAAUGAAGACGAGAAAGGUGUUGAUUGAGGAAUUAGAUCAUUUAACGAGAACCGAUAAGAAAGUUACAGAAAAAGGCGACAAACAAAGGAAAACCUCCGAUACUGGCGAAUUGGAACAUCUGGAUACCGAAAGCGACGUUAUCUUCGACGACGACAUCUACAAUCACGUCUGGUUCUACGCCUUCGAAGGCAUCUACAAUAUCAAAGUGUUGAUACUUCUCUUAUCCUGCAGGGUGCCUAUCACGGCUCUGAUAAAAAUCAAUACGUCUGAAUAUUUCUACACGCUACCCGAUUCCGUGUAUGCGAAAUUCUGGUCGGAAAUGGACGAUUUGCUAUUCACUCACAACAGAUCGGAGCAUUUCGAAAACACGAUGUUGAUGCAAUUUACUAUGAAAGGUGAUGAUUACAAAGACAUACUAGAGGAAUUCCUCUACACGAUCAAAUUCAUAUCCGAAAUCAAAUUUCAACAUUUGAAUUACAUUCGACACAUUCGGAUAUAUGAAAUGGACCAAUUAAACAUCUAUCACUUGCCGUUACACUGCAUGCAGGUUUACAACAAAUUGGUAUCCAAAAUACCCAUUGAGUUGGUGACAGAAGCGGUCAUAUUGAGCAGCAUCUUGGAGGAGACCUGCUUCCAAUUGGACGGCAAUAACAUCGAGGAAAAAUUCUCGAUUCCUAAUACCGAGGCCGUUAGACCCCCGAAUUGCCCCGAUCCCCUCGUGGCCGAAAUGCAGAAAGCCGCCAUGUCGCAAACGAAACCCGACAAACCCGUGCAGAGUUUUACCUGCUACCACAAGGAUCGACUAGGCAGGAUUCUCAAAAUGUACAAACCUGUUGGAAAAUUAGUCUACGAUCUCUCUUUUAACGUGCUAAAAUGCAUACAUCCCUUCAAUUUACUCAAUCGGAUGAUCACCGAGAAAGAGGAUAAUCAGCCGCACAAGCACGACAUCGAUCCCAGCAAAAAAAUCGAUCGUAAUAGAAACACAGAGAUAAUUGACGAUUUCCUCAAUUUGAUGGUACUGAGCAUGUUUGAACACCAAGACGAGACCACCGAAAACUUCCAACAACCUGACGUCGAUAGACGGGACAGUUACAUGGAGAACCUGAUUAUGUACGAUCAUGUAGCGUUUUGCAAUAAAUUAAGGCCAAAGUUGCACACUAAGCAGGACGAUUUUGACCGCUUCGAUAUGUCCUACAACGUAACGCCGGUGGAUUUCUACUGGAAGCAGCACUAUCCUUCGCACGUGCUGAUGCAGGAGAUAGGCAAAGCACAGAACAAUUUCUCUUACGUGGACACAACCUAUUGCCCGGAAACGGAUCGCGUGCUGGUCCAGUUUUCCGAUUGGUUGGAUGAGUUUGGACUGAAUACCAAAAUUUAUUACGACACCCUCUCGACGCCUGUUUGCCUUAGGGACUUUUGCAGGUACACCGUGAUGGAAAUCGGCGAUUGGCUGCAGGAAAAUCCACCAGCGAAGUACGUGCGUAAAAGCGAGGAGGCGGAAAUAUGCAAGGGGGCUAAAAAAUUAAAAACCCUAGACAUAGCCGAUGAAUACAAGUAUCUAUUAGAGACAGAGAGCGGCCAUUUCGCUACCACUUUAGCCCCUCACCAAACGGACGACCUCUCCAACGAGGUGUCCUUCGACGAGAUGAUGCACGAACUCGAAACCUACCCGACCAACACCAAGCUGAAGGAGGAAUACACCAAAGAGCGGUACUCUAAAGACUUUUUAGCCUACGACUUCGGCACGAAGUACUUCGCACUCAGCGGUGCCCGCACGAUAUUCGUCAGCCACGACGGUGUCAAAAUCAGCAUAGACAAUUGCAAGUUCGUCGACGAUUGCGACAAGUGCAUGGUGACGUUGAUGUACGGCAACAACAACUUCACGCUGCAUUCCUCGGAGAACUUUCGCACCUCCUACGCCUGCCACUGGAUCCUUGAAGACGGCUCCAUCAUCGUUUUCGAGAUUCAGAAGAAACGAAAAGCCGUAAAGAUCGAUGUCGAGGUAGGCGACGAUACCGACCGAAUCAGCGCUCAAGUCGAAUCUGAGAAAACUAAAGUUAACAUUGCAAACUAUAAAGUGAAACGAAAGACGGUAGUCGAACCCGUGCAAAAGGAAGACGACAAAUGCCCGAUGAAUAUAUAUCAGGGUAUCUGUGAAGCCAUCGAAACGAACAGCCCCAUUUAUAAAAUCAAGGAAGCUUACCAGGAGGUGGUAAGCGAGAAACCUGUAGACACAGUGCCUCUGGCGGCAGUUUUAGAGCGAAUACUGGCGCACGUGCAAAAAACCUCUGUGAAGAACGUCGACAAUGAUCAGACUAAGAGCAAGCGUUUCGUUCCUAUCCGAUCAAUAGGAGCCUCGAUGCCAGCGUUCGAGAGCGCCGUGUUCAGAGUAACCCUACCAAGCGGCGUCCACGUAUCCUGCCACCCGUCGUUUUUGAAAGAAACACUUGUCGAGAUCAAACAAGAGCCCCUCAACACUAACAUACCAGACAUCAAACACGAAGAGUUUCGGUUGUUCACCAGAGAGGGCUACAUACUGAUCAAGAAAGUGGACGGCACGAUCAGAAUUCUAAUGUCCAACGGCAACAUCAUCGAUUUCGAAAAGCUCAAGUCCGACAAGGAAACGAUCAGAUCGUCGACCAUCAAACCCCAGCACUGCAAAACGACCAGCGAUUACAGGAAACGUCUGAACAAGUUCAUGAAGAACGCCGGCAAAACGGACGGCGAAUACUACAUCAGCAGGCGCAGCAACUUGGAGACGAAACGAGGAUACGUGGUAAACGAGGACUUAUUCAGAAUGCUGGACAACACGAAGAUACCCUAUCUGAAAACGAGCCUUUUGAAUUUCGAAGGCACCAAAACCAUCUUGGAGGGCAAUAAAAUCAGCCAAAAGAAACUUUACUACACUGUAGCCGAAAACGAUUUCUGCGAGGAGGAAAUCUUCUACGAGCGCAGAGACGGCUUCAAAUGCAUUUUGUACAGAACGGCGGACAAAAUCGUCGAGUUCGCCGACGGCACGAGGAUCACCACCAACGUGGUGAUCGCCAACGAGCUGGUCGACGGCUACGUCUACGUCACGCUGCACUACAAAUACGAGCACCCCCACUACGCCACCGUUAUCUACGGCGAGGACGACAUCCUGCAGGUGCUACUCAAUAACGCCCUUAUCGAAAAGACCAAGGACGAUAAAUGUUUGCUGCGCCUGGACGCCGAAACUACCACCACCGUCAACGCCGACCACGUCGUCUUCGAGAAGCGGUGCAAGGAAUGCGACGUGCCGUUCAAGUGCACCUUCGACAUUAGCGUGUUUCACUGCAACCUGCUGGAGUUUUCCAAGCAGUUCGUGCACGUCGAGGACAGCUACCUGAAGCACCUGUUUGUAGACUACGCGGGCAUUUGCCGGGUCAAUAAAAAUUUCAUCGUGGGCAACCUGAACUCGGCGAAUUGCAAUCACAGAGAUAAGAACGUGUACAAAAAGUUGUACGCUAUUAAGAAGACGAGAUCCGGCGAGGAGUAUUUCAGAGAUAAGCUGGUCAAAUCGCAAAUAGAGAAGUGCCUCCUUCAAGAGGAAAACGCUACUGUAAUCAAGACGGGAAAGACCUUUCCUAAAGUUAGGAUCGAACACAAAUAUUAUCAAAAUUUCGUCGAUUCCUUACUUACCAAAACGACCAUAAACAGCCCCAUAGCAUUGACCAAGUACAAAGAGAGUAUCUCGAAAACCUUGUAUUACAGUACCAUUAAAGUUUUAAAGGAAGUACUCAACCCGAAAUACGUGCAAAUACUGCUAUCGUACUUAGUCAGCCGAUUUUCUCAAAUCGAUCUUGAUGAUGAAACUCUCGAUCUGAUUAAUUGGCUGGCUAACAGGAAAAAAGAGGAAGCGAACUUGAUAGCCAAAAAGGAGCAACAGGAGCGGGAAAAUCAACGGAGAGAGGAAGCGAAGUAUUGCAAAUGCAUCAAGGACAAAAGGACGUUCGCCAGGAAGAUUUCCCAAUGGUCGCAGGAGUACAAGAGAUUAUCCAAACUGGUAAAGCAGAAAAAUAUACCAUUGUACUUCAACUCAGACUUCUGUCAGCGUAUUAAUAAAAGAUAG